UUCCAAGCCGGCGCGCCCCCCUAUGCUGCCGGCCCUGCGCCUGCCCAGCCUCGGGUGAGCGGGCGAGCCUCGCUCGAACCGCCCUCCCUCUGUGUGUGUCUCUCUCUCUGUCGGCGUGCUUCUGGCUCCCAGGACGCGCGCGGGACGCAGCGGGCCAGCCCCGGGGCGCAGCGCCGGAUCGGGAGGGAAAGGCAUGGAGCGCUGCCCCAGUCUGGGGGUCACCCUCUACGCCCUGGUGGUGGUCCUGGGACUGCGGGCGGCCCCGACGGGCGGCCAGCACUAUCUGCACAUCCGUCCGGCCCCCAGCGACAACCUGCCCCUGGUGGACCUCAUCGAGCACCCGGACCCUAUCUUUGACCCCAAGGAGAAGGAUCUGAACGAGACGCUGCUGCGCUCGCUGCUCGGGGGUCACUACGACCCGGGCUUCAUGGCCACCUCGCCCCCCGAGGAUCGGCCCGGCGGGGGCGCGGCCCUCGGAGGGGCGACCGGGGGCGCCGCCGAGGACCUGGCCGAGUUGGACCAGCUGCUGCGGCAGCGGCCGUCGGGGGCCAUGCCGAGCGAGAUCAAAGGGCUGGAGUUCUCCGAGGGCUUGGCCCCCGGCAAGAAGCAGCGGCUGAGCAAGAAGCUGCGGAGGAAGCUGCAGAUGUGGCUGUGGUCGCAGACCUUCUGCCCCGUGCUGUACGCCUGGAACGACCUGGGCAGCCGCUUCUGGCCGCGCUACGUGAAAGUGGGCAGCUGCUUCAGCAAGCGCUCCUGCUCCGUGCCCGAGGGCAUGGUGUGCAAGCCGUCCAAGUCGGUGCAUCUCACCGUGUUGCGGUGGCGCUGUCAGCGACGCGGGGGCCAGCGCUGCGGCUGGAUUCCCAUCCAGUACCCCAUCAUUUCCGAGUGCAAGUGCUCGUGCUAGGACUCGGGGUUGUGGGGUGGGGGACCCCCGCCCCCCCACUCUGCCCGUGCCCGGACACCAGGUGGUCGACCCGCACCCACGCCCCCCCACCUCUCCUUCCAGGCUCGGUUUCCCCAACCAGCUCUCACCACCCUCUCUCUGCAGGAGGGGAUUCAUUCAAUGAACUUUUAGUAUUUUAUUUUAUUUUAUUUUAUUUUUUUCCGGCUACAGAGACUUUAGCUUUCUGGUUCAUGUAAUGAAUGCACUGUUUAACUGUGUAGGAAUGUAUAUGUGUGUGUAUAUACGGUCCCAGUUUUAAUUUACUUAUUAAAAGGUCAGUAUUAUACGUUCAAAAAGUUACCGGCUUCUACUGUAUUUUUAAAAAAAAAUUUUUUUAAGCAAAAGGAUAAAAAAAUACAAAAGAACAGAGAAAAGAGAGACUUAUUCUGGUUGUUGCUAAUAAUGUUAACCUGCUAUUUAUAUUCCAGAGCCCUUCGCAUGGCGAGGCAAGGGGGGGGGGGGAAAGUUAUUUUUCUUAAACUACAAAGAGAGGGGAGAACUUUUGUAGAAGGACUUUAAAAAAAGAGAGAGAGAGAAGCUAUUUUCCAUUCUUCGGAAAGUGUUUUUUGGUUUUCCUUGGACCUCGAAGAAGCUAUAGAGUUCAAUGUUAUUUUACAGUUAUUGUAAAUAUAGAGAACAAAUGGAAUGACUAAUCAUUGUAAAUUAAGAGUAUCUGCUAUUUAUUCUUUAUAAUAUCCCGUGUAGUAAAUGAGAAAAGUUCAGAGCAGGAUUAAAGAAAACCACUAAAAUCGA